UUGUGUGCAAGUAUGUGCAUAUGAAUGUCUGUGAUUGUGCAUCUGUGUAUGUGUAUAUGUACAUACAGUCAUAUGGGAAUGGACCCAUACAUUUGUGUCUAAUUUAACAAAUACUUUUUUGAAGUUUGAGUAGAGUCUAAAUCAGAGCUUCCUUUUUAAGUUACAACAGGAACAAGAGAAAAAGAAUCCAUAUCAUCCACCUUUUAAAGAAGUUAGGCAUCUACUGGCAAGGUGGAAGAAAUCAACAAAUCUAUCAGGGAUAUACCUCUCAGAAUGGGGCAGACCAACGUAACCUCCUGGAGGGAUUUUGUCUUCCUGGGCUUCUCCAGUUCUGGGGAGUUGCAGCUCCUUCUCUUUGCCUUGUUCCUCUCUCUGUAUCUAGUCACUCUGACCAGCAAUGUCUUCAUUAUCAUAGCCAUCAGGCUGGAUAGCCAUCUGCACACCCCCAUGUACCUCUUCCUUUCCUUCCUAUCCUUCUCUGAGACCUGCUACACUUUGGGCAUCAUCCCUAGAAUGCUCUCUGGCCUGGCUGGGGGGGACCAGGCUAUCUCCUAUGUGGGCUGUGCUGCCCAGAUGUUCUUUUCUGCCUCAGGGGCCUGUACUAACUGCUUCCUUCUGGCUGCCAUGGGCUUUGACAGAUAUGUGGCCAUCUGUGCUCCACUGCACUAUGCCAGCCGCAUGAAUCCUACCCUCUGUGCCCAGCUGGUCAUUACUUCCUUCCUGACUGGAUACCUUUUUGGACUGGGAAUGACACUAGUUAUUUUCCACCUCUCAUUCUGCAGCUCCCAUGAAAUCCAGCACUUUUUCUGUGACACGCCACCUGUGCUGAGCCUAGCCUGUGGAGAUACAGGCCCGAGUGAGCUGAGGAUUUUUAUCCUCAGUCUUUUGGUCCUCUUGGUCUCCUUCUUCUUCAUCACCAUCUCCUACGCCUACAUCUUGGCAGCAAUACUGAGGAUCCCCUCUGCUGAGGGGCAGAAGAAGGUCUUCUCCACUUGUGCCUCGCACCUUACAGUGGUCAUUAUUCAUUAUGGCUGUGCUUCCUUCGUGUACCUGAGGCCCAAAGCCAGCUACUCUCUUGAGAGAGAUCGGCUUAUUGCCAUGACCUAUACUGUAGUGACCCCCCUCCUUAAUCCCAUUGUUUAUAGUCUAAGGAAUAGGGCUAUACAGACAGCUCUGAGGAAUGCUUUCAGAGGGAGAUUGCUGGGUAAAGGAUGAAGGUUACCCCAAUAGGACACUUUCUUCUGUGUAGGCUGGGCAUAGACCAAGAACCCAAGCCAAAGGGCCAGGUAUUCAAGGCCUCAGGCCAAAGCUGUCCU